AUGAUGAGAAAUCUUUUCCUAUUUGUGGCUCCUUUGUUUUUCUUUCUUCAUACGACUCUUGCUGCACCCGCGCCCGAGCCUCAACCACAUCCCAUAUUGAGACAAAACAACCAAACCACCGACCUUGGUUCUGCCAUUUCCGACAUGAGAAGGCAAUCUUACAAUGGUUUUGUCAUCCUUCUCCAUGUCCUCAACGAUACAAAUCUCUUCAAGAACGCAGAGGUUACUUUCUUGAUGCCUAGCGACAGUGAUCUAUCCAAAGCGGACAUGAGUCAAGAGGAUCUUCAGACAUUUAUCCUAAGACAUACGAUCCCUGCAUGGCUUAUGAUCAAUCACAUGCUUCGUUUUCCGAACCAAACUCUUGUUCCUAGUAGCCUCCCUGAUAGAAUGUUCACCAUCACGAAAUCCGGAGGGUCGGGGAUUUUUGUGAACAAUGCGAGGGUUGUUGAUCCGAAUAUUUGUCAAAAUUCUCGCAUCUCUUGCCAUGGAAUCAGCGACGUCAUUACAUUCACCCGAGACUUUUUUCCAACGGCAAAGUUACCACCCGAAAUGCUAUCACCAGUUCGUGGGAGAAUAACUUCGUCAAGGCACUGA